AUGGCGAAGUGUUCAGAGAUUUGGGAGGGUAUUGCAAAGCGGUUGUAUGGGACUUGCUUCUCCACUAACUGGUCUUCCAUCAUUACAUCAACUUGUAACUGGAAUAACCGAAUGGAAAGAAAUGGGCGGAAACACGGUGAAAACUCCAAACCUGCCCUUCGACUCAUCCAAAGCAUUGACAAACAUAUCAGGGAUCAACUACUGGCAAUCAGUCUCAAGGGAGAUAGGCGUUAUGAGACUGAAAAAGAUAUUAAGGAAGAGGAUGCUGUUGAUCUCUUUCAAUCCAUGAUUAGGUCUCCUCCUCUUCCCACUGUAAUUGAUUUCAAUAGAUUGUUUGGUGCCAUUGCCAGAACAAAACAGUAUGAUCUCGUUUUAGGUCUCUCAAAGCAGAUGGAGUUGAAUGGGAUUGCGUAUGACUUGUACACUCUCAAUAUUGUCAUCAAUUGUUUCUGUCGACGUGGUAGAGUUUGUUUCGCUUAUUCUGUUCUGGGAAAGGUCAUGAAGCUUGGUUAUGAGCCUGACACUACCACAUUUAACACUCUACUCAAUGGCUUAUGUCUCGAGGGCCGAGUCUCCGAAGCCGUGGGGUUAGUUGAUCGAAUGGUUGAAAUGGGACAUACACCCGAUCUCAUUACGAUUAAAACUUUGGCCAAUGGACUUUGUCUCAAUGGUAAAGUCUCUGAAGCUGUGGUUUUCAUAGAUCAGAUUUGUUGUCAACUCGAUGAAGUUACAUAUGGACCAAUUUUAAGUGUAAUGUGCAAGUCCGGCAAAACUGCUUUGGCCAUGGAUUUGCUCAGAAAGAUGGAAGAAAGAAAGAUCAAGCUCGAUGCAGUCACAUAUACUAUUAUCAUUGAUGGGCUUUGCAAAGGCGGGAGCCUCGACGAUGCACUCAACCUUUUCAAUGAAAUGGAGAUGAAUGGGAUUAAAGCAAAUGUUAUUACCUACACCACUCUCAAAGCAAAUGUUAUUACAUGUAGUUCUUUGAUAGAUGGGUUUUGCAAGGAGAACCGCCUAGACAAGGCAAACCAGAUGUUGGCCCUGAUGGUUAGCAAAGAGUGUAAUCCUAAUAUCGUGACGUUUAAUAUCCUCAUAAAUGGAUAUUGUAAGGCUGAGCGGGUUGAUGAUGGGUUUUGCCAAUCGGGAAAACUUGAGGUUGCCAAAAAACUCUUCCAAGAGAUGGUUUCUCGUCGUGUUCAUCCUGAUAUUAAGAGUAAGAUGGAUCUUGAUAUUGGUAUCUAUAGUAUUAUUAUUCAUGGGAUGUGCAAUGCUAGUAAGGUGGAUGAUGCUUGGGAUUUAUUCAGAAGCCUCCCCCUCAAAGGAGUGAAGCAUGAUGUCAAGGCAUAUAACAUAAUGAUAUCAGGAUUAUGUAUUAAAGGCUCACUGUCUGAAGCAAAUAUGUUACUUAGGAAAAUGAAGGAGGAAGGGCCUGCGCCAGACGAUUGUACAUACAACACUCCAAUCCGAGCACAUCUCCUAGUUAGUGAUGUAAUCAAAUCAGCUCAACUCAUCGAUGAAAUGAAGAGGUGCGGGUUCGCUGCUGAUGCUUCGACUACAAAGAUGGUUAUGGUUAUGUUAUCGGAUGGUAGAUUGGACAAAAGCUUCUUGGAUAUGCUUUCUUGA